AUGUCCAACAACAUCCUCUUUCUCCCCUUCCGCAAGACAGCCAGCCUCGCCCUCUCCGCAGCAAUCAAGCAAUAUAUCUCUAGCAAAUAUGACCAGCACCCCGAUAUGUUCAAGCAGGACCUGGAGGUCAUUGAUGCUCUGCGGAGAGAUGCCGUGAAUGUGCGGGAGCCGCAUAAAAGUGGCAUCAAGAAGAUAGCUGCCUAUGCGGGGCAACUUGCUUGGAUGGGGGGUAAAUUCCCCAUAGACAUUGGAGCAGACUUCACUUGGUACGCAGCGCUAGGCUAUAACACCGAUCGACCAAUAUCAGAGAACAAUCUCAAAUUCGAACAAGCAAACGUCCUUUUCAACCUCGCCGCCCUCUAUUCCCAGCUGGCGGUCUCCUCGAAUCGCAGCACAACAGAAGGAUUGAAAUUAGCAUCCAACUACUUCUGUCUAGCCGCCGGAGUUCUCUCUCACCUGAGAACAGAAGUCCAUCUCGAACUGCGAGACACAACUCCCCCGGAAGACAUGGACGAUUCUACUCUUGAAUCUCUAGAAUACCUUAUGCUAGCUCAAGCACAAGAAUGCUUCUGGCAAAAGGCAGUAAUGGAUGGAUAUAAAGACGCUUCUAUUGCAAAGCUAGCUGCCAAGGUCUCGGACUUCUACGGUGCGGCUGGAGAUUGGGGUGUGAAAAGCGAAGCUAUCAGUUCCGAGUGGAUACAUCAUGCAACAGCCAAACACAACCAUUUUGCUGCAGCUGCACAAUAUCGACAGGCGUGCGAUUGUUUGGAAAAGAGGAAAUAUGGGGAGGAAGUUGCGAGGCUGAGAGAUAGUAUUGCUUGUGCCAAUGAUGCGUUGAAGGAGGCUCGCUACCUUAAUAAGGUGGUCUUAGCAGACUUGAAUGGGUUGAAAAAUAAAGUCACGGAAGAUCUAAAGAGAGCCGAGAAAGACAAUGAUCUAAUUUAUCUUAAUCCCAUACCGCCCAAGUCAGAGCUCAAGACUUUAGAACGAGCGACUAUGGCUGCUGCAAGAGUUCCAAAAGAAAUUUCGGAGCCAUCUACAUUCAUUGGAGAGGACAAGGAAUUUGGCCCACCCCUUUUCGCUAAGCUUGUACCAUUCGCGGUACAUGUUGCUGCUAGCAUCUAUGAAGAACGAAGAGAUCGCCUAGUGAAUAACAAUAUUAUCGACGAGCUAGAGAUCUUAACAACCAAGAUCCAUGACACUUUGCGAUCACUAAACCUUCCUGGAUCACUCCAAGCCCUGGAGAAACCGCUCGGCCUCCCACCAAGCAUCGUCUCCCACGCCGAAGAGAUCCGCCAAACAGAUGCCCUCACACGUCUCCAACGAUCCUUCUCCGACACGGCAACACUUAAGUCAUCUGACGAAGCCAUGUUUGUUGAAGGCCGCGACCUACUACAAGCUGAAGCAUCGGAGAACGAACGACUCUUAAUGAAGUAUGGCACUGACCGCUGGGCUCGUGCCCCCUCACAAGCAGCAGCCCAGAAGCUCUACGCCCAAGUUGGCGAAAUUGACGCUUACUUGAAAAGUGCAGCAAACAGUGAUGCCUUGGUCCAGUCCAAAUUUCGAGAUUGCGAAGACAUGCUCCGUCUCCUUUCCUCAUCCGACCGCGACAUCGGAAAUUUUGUCCCCUCCUCUCGCCGCGUCGACAUUGCACCAAAUCUCGAAGCAGAAGUCUCACGACUCCGAAACAGUUUAAAUGAAAUAUCACGCCUGGAAUCGCGCCGACGGCGCAAAAUCGAAGCCCUGCGCGAAAAAGCCAAAAAGGACGACAUCAACAGCAGUAUCUUAGCAGAAGCAGCGAGGCUAGAGAGAGAAUACCCAUCACAGACUGUUGUCCCAGCUCACUUUGAAGAUUUCUUUGAAAGACGCCUAUCAAAAUACGACACGGACCUCUCAACCCUGAAAUCCGAAGCCGAAGAGCAAGAACAACUAAUACGCUCUCUCGAAUCCGCCAAUGCAGCUUUCGUCGCAGCACGGCAAGGUGAUUCCGGGUCUCGAGAACGCGAACAAGCGUUGAACAAACUGGAAAACGGGUAUUCCAAAUACCUAGAAAUAGUAAAAGACCUCGAAGGCGGACGGAAAUUCUACAACGACCUCGCGAAGAUCUUGGGUCGGUUCAGGGAUGGUGCAAAGGGCUUUGUGUACGAGAGGCGCGAGGAGGCAUUAAGGCUAGAACAGGAACUCAACCUCCCGCCCUUGGGACAGUUGAAUCUACAGCCGGCGCCGAUGCCGCGUUCCUACAACACGCGCUCUUCGAACCCGAACCCGCCGCCUGCGCCACAGAGCUAUCCUCCGCCGGAACAGAGAGAGGAAAUGCCGGCUCCGAUUCCAACACGCACUACGCCUGCGCCGAUUGCGCCCAGUGUGUGGGCGCCUGAGAUGGGGAUUAAGUUUGGGGGGUCUGCGGGACAGGGACAGGGACAGCCGUCGUCUGGGACGUGGGAUCCGAAGAGGGGCUUUAAGUUCGGUUAG